CACCCGAGUGGGAGCCCGGCUGGAGGAAGGUGCUGCGUGGCAAGGAGAAUAAGGGGUCUGUGGAGAUCAUGAGGAAAGAUCUGAAUGAUGCUCGGGACCUGCAUGGCCAAGCCGAGUCUGCUGCGGCUGUGUGGAAGGGACAUGUGAUGGACCGCAGGAAGAAGGCCCUGACCGAUUACAAGAAGCUUCGGGCUUUCUUUGUGGAGGAGGAGGAGCGCUUCCUGCAGGAGGUGGAAAAAGAGGAAGGGUCCCCCGAGGAUGAGGAUGCUGACCCUGCAGAGAGGUUCAGGUCCUUCCUGCAAUCCCUGUUGGAGCUGGAGUGGAGGCACCGCAACCUGGGCCUCAGCAUGCUGCUUCAGUGAUGCCAGGCAGAGGAAGCUGGCUCGACCCUGACCCAGCCCCCAGAAGCUCCUCCAUUCGUCUCCUUCAGGACCCCGGAGGGUCUUCAUCUAGGUGUAGACUGGGCUUCGUACCGUAGAUGCCACUUUGGGUUGUCCCCUUGACAGUGUUGGUGUUUAUUUUCCUCGGGGGUUCAUGUUUCUGGGCUAUAAAAGCCAGCCUCACUGUGGAGACCUGAAAUGGUGGGGAGGCAUCAGUAACCA